AUGUCGGAAUCAUCAUCCUCCACUCUCCGAGACACUCUUAUGCAGUUAUCGAAUUCAAUCGUAGACUCUCUCGCCGCAACUCCAUACACUUCUCACAAAACCUCCAACAUCUCCGUCAAAGCAUUUCUCGAAUCCCUUCUCACUUCCACAAACUCCACCAUCCACGCUUCCAUCAAAGACUUCGCUCUAGCGUGUGCUCUGUUAUCCUCUUCCACAGACACCAAUUCAGAGUUUCUCUCAUGGAUCCCCAAACACCUUUCCUCCCUUGCAACUGCUUCUUUUUUCGAGCUCUCCCAUGCGUACCUCACAGUCUUCGAUGGUAGGAACUCUCAGAAGGUUGAAGAGUUCGGGUUGGAUUGUAAUUUGGUUCCUGCACAGAAGAGGUUGCUUCUGGAGUUGUUGCCUGAAGUACUUCCUUUUCUGAAGGAUGGAAUUAAGGAGAGUUCCAUUGAUAAGUCUGACGAGAGUGAUGAGUUCUCUGCCGCGUCUGCUAGAGUUCCGGUCGGGUUUGCGAUUCUUGCUGCUCAUCAGCUUAGAUGGUUUGUUACUCAGGUUGAUUAUCCUCAUUUGGGAAAAUUGUCUGGAUGGGUGAUUCCUUGUGCACUGACUGCUGUUGAUCAUUGGUCGCCAGAGGUGAAGGGACAGGGCAUGGUGAGCUUUAUGCAUCUUGGAAAAAAUGUGGAUGCUGCUGAGAUCGGUGGGUUUGAGGAUGUGAUACUUGAUGCCUGCUGCCAAAAUAUAGCUUCUGAUGAUGAAAUAUGGCAUUAUGUAGUGGAAGCAUCAAUAACUCUCAUGUCUCUUACUCAUAAAAGCAAUCCGCGCAGUCCAUGGUUUGAAAGGAUGUUGAAUGAGAUGUUAAGUCACUUGGAGCGCCAACCAAGAAACAAAGAGCGCCGCAUUGCAUGGCUUAAAUCUGUCGAUUCACUAUUUAAUGGAGCUGGUCUUGUGCUUUUAGCCCACUUCAGGCGCAUUUUUCCAUUAUUUUUUCAGUGGAUGCAUGCAGAUGAUGAUGAUACUGUUAUGUUGGUUAUGAAGUGUACUUACGUGGUUUUGAGAGUGACAUGGAUUAGGAACUCACCUUAUGUUGCAAGAUCAAUAGAUGAACUUGCUCUUGUGUAUAAGGAGGCAGCAUUGAGAACAGCCCGGGAAGAGAUUAGAGCAAAUAUAUCUCAUAUACUGCUCCUACUUAAAGAAAGCAAAGGCCAGCAUUUUAAUGAAGCUUGGGACAAGCAUCGAUCUGAUCCAGAUUUGACCACUCUUAGUUUGUCAUUAAGUGGAAAAAACAAUUGUAACCUUGAUACCCUGCCUUCAGAGAACAGUCUGCAGAGUUCUGGAAUAGUUCAAACAUGA